CAAAAAAAAAAAAUCAACAUAAAAAACAAACAAACAUUCAAUGCUUGAUUAACUGUGAGAAAAUUAAGUUUAAUAUAUGAAAACUUCUCAUCUCAGCGUUAGCUUAGGAAAUGUAUGGAAAAUUCGACCAACAUAUUAUGGGAAAUUUAUUUUAGAAAACCUUUCGUCGAAGGCAAGAGUGACCACGUCUCAUAUCCAACCUUUGUGUAUGCUCAUAUCUCAUUCGAUCAGGAAAUUGUCAAAUGAAAUUGAUAGGCACACUGAUGAAAGAAAGAUUACUUGGAAAGUGUUUUCUAACACAACUAAACGACAUGAGUACGUUUACAAUAGUUGUAAACGAAACUAAUUGACAGAAAAGGAGGCCGUCCAGCCAGUAGAGAUGGCAGGUGGCACGGACACCGCAUCCUUCGCGGACCUGCCAGACGAGCUUGUGGUCCAGGUGUUCCGCCACCUGAACCCCGCACAGCUCAACAGCUGUUCACGAGUGUGCAGGCGCUGGAGCCGGCUGUUCCGCGAGCCCGCGCUGUGGCGGCAGCUGUACCCAACCAUGUGGUCGCGAGGCUUGUGGAACUAUACAGCAAAUUAUGUGGGACAUAUUGACCAGAUUCCAGAGGAAGAUUUCUGCCUAGAGCUGUUGGAGCCAGUCACAACUACUUCAGAAGCUGAAUGCUUGAGCAGAGAGCAGUCGUGGAACAAAUUUUACUCAGGGUUGAAGAGGUCAUUAUUUGACCACUGUAAAGGUUAUGGUGUUAGAGUGCUGGAACUGAGUGCAAACAAAUACCUCGAUGACGGUCAGUUAAACGUAUUAAUUUCAGCGUGCCCGAACAUAGAAGAGCUUUAUGCAAGUUACACUCAGAUCUCAUCAGGAGCAUUCCAAGUGCCAAACCCUGGCGACUGCCUGAAGAGACUGCACAAGCUCGCACUGUCGGGCUGCGUGCUCAUCACGGACCGCACGGUGGAGAACCUGGUGGCCUGCUGGGGCGCCGGGACGGGCGAGCCCGCGGGACUGCGGUCUCUCAGCCUGUCCGGCUGCGCCCUCCUGACGGACGCCAGCCUCGAGGCGCUGUCGAGCUGCACGGCGCUGCGCGCGGGUCUGCAGUUCCUCGACCUGAGCGGCUGCGGCUUCAGGAGCGGGCGGCUGCUGCGCACGUUCGUGCACGGCUGUGCGCGGCUGGGGCCAGAGAACCUGUUCUACUGUUGCAACAUAGUGACGGGGCCGUACCGAGCGACUGCCAACGGCUGCAACAACCUGGACAAUGAGAACCGUGCCUGUUGCGUGCAGUAUCAGAACUGAGGUGCUUGUGACAAAGCACGAGACGGGUUUACUUCAAGGUAUGGCGGAGAGCCAUAAAUGUUCCCAUGCUCUCAUAGCUGUUGUCAAUAUGUCCAAAGCUUCUAAAAUUCAAAUUUUGAUGUAUUAGACUUAAGUCUUGCAAGGAAAAUUUUCUUAAAAUUAUAUUUUAGUAGGUUCAUCUGAUGAUUGCAAAAACUUGGGUGUAUUUUAAACUGCCAAAAGCUGACAGGGUUAUGAUACAUACAUAUCAGGUGGGGAUAUCAGGGUUCAUAUGCCUCCUUAAUAUCCUUAAAAUGUCCUUAAUUUUUCUUCAAUAGAAUAUGGGGCCUUGAAAACUCCUUAAUAAAGACUGAUAUUGUGUAAGUAAUGGAUUAAUGCAGGUAUUUUCAUGUAAUUUUGUUUCUGAGUUGUCAUCAAACAACACUUUGCGCAUGUGCAGUACGAUUGGCGAAUUUUGGGCACUAGAUUUUUAAUUAGUUUUUCUUUAUUUUGUAUCUCAUCUUUUAAUUAAAAUGGUGUGUUUUACUCUCUUACUUUGAAUAUAGUACUUUGAAUAAAUUAAAUGAAAUUAGUGAUCAGAUUAAAUGUUCAGGCUUCAAACUAAAACAGAAUUCUGUUCUAUAAUCCUGGAGAAAAGGGGCUUAUCUGUAAUAGUUCAACUAACCAACAAAAUAAUUUUUCGUGCAUUAACUAUUUAUCAUUGUUAUUUUCUUGAGGAAUUUUGCAAUAUUACUAAGUGUUUUUUAUAUGUUGAUAGUGUUGAAGCCAAUGAAGUAAAAACUCCUUCAUUUUAGAUUCACAAAAGGGUACAAAUCAAUGCUUUAGGUACAGACUUUGAAUGAAUUAUUUCAACUAUGCUGGGGUUUAAAGAGAUUAAGACCUGAAAUCUAAUGGUAUAAAGAUUUUAGCCUAAUGGAUUUUUUUAUUAUUAUUACAGCUCGAUCAAAAACAGGAAAUAGCUUCCGACACUGGUUGAACUCAAAAUUUGUGGCAUAGUGCAACUGCCUAAUUGUCAUCUGUAACAGUGCAUGUGAAAUUUUUUUUUCCUGUCAUUAUUUGUGGAUCCUGUUAGUUCAACAAAAACAAAGGUGAGUAACAGCUGUCUGAAAAGUGCAGAAAAGUUAACCACCAUCGUGAAAGUUGUAAUAUUUAUAAUAUAUUUUUGAAAUUUCUAUAUAUGUAAAAUGAUAAUUGAAUAACAUUUAUAAACAUUUAUAAAGUGUCACCUGAUUUAUUGCAUGUUUUCAAAUACCUUUGGUUUAUUUAUGAAAUCAGUUGGUAAAAAUAUAUUUUAAGCUUCAAAGUGCAUACUUCAAAAAAAAAAAAAAAUUGUAAUUUUAUUGUACCAUCUUUGGAUGUAUACUAUUUUUACCUGUAAUGUACAAAUUAGACUGUGUUAAAAAUAGUAUUUAUUUUGUACAGGUUGUCAAUUAAACAAGAUACUAAAGAAUAUUAAA